AUGGUAGAUGUGCUAAAGAGAAAAAAGUUGCUAGCCAAAGCUGCUGCCAGCGCCUCUAUCCCGGCAAUCAAAGGUUCCGUUCCGUUGGACUCGUUCGAUAUUAAAAUCAUCCAAUACAAGAACGCUCUUUACAAGCUGAGUGAACUGAAUAGGCUGCUAAAUGUACUGGUACCGCAUUUGAAAAAGAAGAGAGACAACGACGAGUCCUACAAAAUUAUUCCCCUUGUCAAUUUCAUCUUAUCGCUUUGUGAGGGUCCUAUAUUUAAUGUAAGCCCCGUAUUGGCUAAGAGGUAUCAUUUGCUCUGUCGGUUCCAAUUGGUAAAGUUGAGUGAAGUGCAGCAGAGAUUAUCAACAAAUUUUAUUGAUGUCGAGGGCUGGAUGUUCCCCGAGGAGGUACCCCUAGAUCACUAUAAAUCGUGCAUAUACAAUAAUUCACUACAGUGGAAGAUUCUGAAUUCAUUGUCUUGUAUUGCUCAAAAUGCUGUCAAGAUUUACAGUGCCAAAUUGAGACAAAUUCUACUAGAAAGGGAUGCGUACAAAGCUCGAUCACUUCCAUUUGAUACUUCGAUUAUUGAAGACUUAUUAAACCCGGUCGAGAUGACAUUGAUUCUGGACUUGGCCGUCUUGAUCAACGAUCCAGUAAAGGACAAGUCUACUCAUUCCUUCUAUAAGCUGCAAUGGCAAGUGAUGGAAAAGUUGACCUCCUGUGUUCAUUCGAAAAUUUUCCCUAUUCUGAGGACGUAUUAUAACCAAUUGCAGAAAUUUUCAGAAACAAAACCUACUUCACUUCCAAAUUUACAAAAGGAUCUACCACAUUGGGAAUGGACCCUACACAGAAUAUACACAUUCCACUUGCGUGUUUUUUCUGUCUUGUGUGUUAUUAUCAGUUUCUCUAGACAAAUUUUUCUACCGAAUAAACAGUAUUUCUUGGAUAUCAAGACAAGAUUAUGCAGCGAAAAUGCGUACCAUUAUGAUUUGAUAAUCGGUGAGCUAAUGGCUUUAUUAUCCCCAGAGUGUGAUGAUUCCACGACUUUACUGGAACUACAAGAGAAUUUGAAGUUUUGGACCCAAACGACACGUACCGAUAACAAUUCAUCAAGGACCCCUAUUUUCCACCUUCAACCUGGUUUAGUCAUUGAGUUGUUCAAUAAUCAUAUCCGCAAAAUCAUACCAAAAUUGAGGUCUAUUAUGACAUUAUUGUCCAGUUGGAUGGACUGCUGGAAGUAUAUUGAAAGAAAUUAUAAGACCUUUGAUGGCACUAAUGACUUGCAAGAGAGAUUGAAAGAGAAGCUAGAAAGGGACAAGUCCAUGUAUUUAGAGCUCAAAAACGCGAAAGGUAAGCUAAAGAAAAAGCCGUCAAUAACAAAGCUGCCAGCCCCUUCUUCUCCAUCCCCUUCGCCUACGUCUUCAGCAAGACCGUCAAGGCAAGCAUCUUUAGAGAGCAUAAGAACAAGGGCAAGGGCGCAUUUAGCCUCAAAUUCUUCUAGGUCACCCUCACUAUCGCCUAUAAGAACCGCUUUUAGCAAUAAAAACGUAGAAAUGAAGAAAAGUAUGGUAUCUCCUGAGAAAAGAAAAAUAAUCAACGGUAGAAGGCCAAGAUCCUCAUCUUUGCAAUCAUACACAAACAAACAACAAACCUCAUAUUUGAAUUCUACAAGACAUCCGUCAAUAGCUCCGCCUUCGAAGCUGAGUAAUCAAAGAUCCAAUUCGUUGCAGUCCUCAACCAUGACGCUAAAUCAAAAAAUUGUCCAAGAUACAGUGCGCCAUUUGAUGAGCAAAACUUCAUCUACACCCAAUCCAUCUGCAUCUUCGUCGUUGGCGCCUUCGCCAAAGAUAUCUAGUAUAAAUAACACCGCCUCAGUGAAAUCAUCAAGUACCUUGACUACCAAUAGCAGUGAUUCCUUGGCUAUAGAGACAUUAACUCUGGAUCCAGAAUCAAGCUCCAGUGAGUUGUUGAUCAAGAGGGUGAGAUUCGCUGGUGUACCGCCAAUGACGGAAGCAGAAAAUCCUAAACCGACAAAAGUGGGGUGGUACAAGAAGCCAGCAGUACUACACUAUCCGCCAAUACCUGCUUCGGCAAUGAUCAAACCAUUACAGCAUAGGUCCAAGUAUAACACACUAAGACAAGAAGAGGGGUUUACCUUUAGAAAGAGUCUUCGAGAUGGAUUAGAGUUAGAAAAUGGUGAGUCUGGCUCUGAAACUACUAUGAUGCCAUUUGGUAUCGAAAUUAAGGAAUCGACUGGCCAUAGGAUAGCUUCUAAGAUCAGAAGUAAAUUGAGAUAA